AUCUGAAGCUCCCGAUUACGCUUAUUAUUAUUACUACUACUACUCGGUCAUCUCGCAGAGUAAUCAAGGCAAGGUACCUCGCGGGCAGAUCCCUCGGAUCAUCUACACCUUUCUAGACCUCACUCCUCACUUCUACCAUUCACUCCAAACACAAGCUGCAGCCAUUUUUUAUACGGUUAUUAAAUCAUUUGCAUUUCGACUGUGUAUAUUACUAGUAAGGACCUUUAUUAUUAUCGACGUCGGCAUGCAACAUUACUAGUUCUCACUCAAUUCCGAGCUAUUAUUCCUGGGACGCAGCAAGCAACCGUCAAGAAUCUCUGCGCAUCAUUUUCGCAAGCCAAUUAUUCUCCGCAGUAACGAAACGAAAUAGAAAUCAUAGCCGAUUCGAUCCUAAACCCCUCACUCAUCCUCUACAAUUUUGUCGCCAAUUCCGUGGCCAAGUUAUUCAUGCAAUACUAUUCGAAUUGUCCCGCGCUGUUAUCUGCUGCUCUCAGGUCAAUCUGCUUGUCUCGUAUGCUAUGAAUAUCUGCUUCACAAUCCAAUGUAUGCGAUACGUUUAGUGCAUCUAUGGAAUUAUGACCGACAGCGCAGAUACCUACUUUGAUCCCGAUGACGUUGGCCCGCACGAUAGUCCUAGAUUAAAGCCGGUGCAUAUCAAUAUCAGACCUUCUCCUCCCCCGGAGAUUCAUCUUACACCUCUUAUCAGUCCUGGAUCCGGGCCCGGUGGUCGCAAAGGCGCCAAACGAUCAGACAAUUGGCCUUGUCAGGGGGUUGCCGUGCUGAUUCGGCAUAUGUCAGGAGGAAAUCAUCCAGACAUUGAGCAGAAGGCGGGGAUUGAGGCUUUACCUUCCGAUGAGGACGAGGACGAGGAAAGUCCCGUCAGAGGCACUGCCGUGGAAGUCCCCGGUCAUAAUUUCUCCCACGGGCCAGCCGACCUUGAUAUUAAGAAAAUGGCAGCCGAUGCGGUUGAUAUAUUGGAUCGCAAAUAUCCUGAGUAUUUGAAUGAGUCAGUAGGCUCCACUGGUGAAGCUGUCGCAGCUUGUAAGGUGCUCGCAAAUGCCAAUGCAAACGCACAAGCGCGGAACUCUACAGCUGCAAUCAAAUAUUUACCCCGUUCCCUUGACCCAUAUCCAAGGGCUAAGGUAGAAGUGAAUAUCAAAGUGGAAACUCAAUCUGCCCCGGCCACCGGUGAACUUCCACCCAUGCGCCAUUCUCCUCAGUCAGGCGCCUCAAAUGGCAAUGGAAGUCAACAGAUUACAUUACCAUCCCUAAGUGAGCAAUUGGGAAGUUUUGGAAAUUUUGCAGAAUCAAUAACCACUCCAAAUGAUACAUCAUACUCCCAUUCUCCGGGAAGAACAAUUUCACGGUUCACACCUGGGCCUAGAGCAACAUCACCAGGCAAAUCUCCGAAUGAUCCCCGUGGAGAUAUGGUAUCUCCGGGGAUACCACCAUAUCAAUUUAUGACAAACAGCCUCCGUAGAGCUUCACAGUCAAAUGGACCCCAACAUGUAGCUUCUGGGGAGUAUAGCAGCAGUAGCAAUACUGAAACUCCAAGUACAGAUCAAUCUGGCUCGACUCCUGCCGCAGCGGCAAUAGAUCGUAUGAGUAUUGAUGGUAUUACGAAUCCACAAGUGGGCGGUUAUCAGUGCAAUUAUGCUGGCUGUACUGCAGCUCCUUUUCAAACACAGGUACGGCAAAGUUGGAUAGAUUCUCGCAUGUAAAAAAAAUCAACUCAAUCCCAAGUGCUAAUAAAUAACAACUGUAGUAUUUGCUUAAUUCUCAUGCAAAUGUACACUCCUCAAAUCGACCGCACUAUUGCACGGUCAAGGGAUGCCCUCGAGCCGAAGGUGGAAAGGGAUUUAAACGAAAAAAUGAAAUGAUCAGACAUGGCCUCGUUCACGAUUCCCCAGGCUACGUGUGUCCCUUCUGUCCGGAAAGAGAACACAGGUACCCCAGACCGGAUAAUCUCCAAAGGUACGUAGAUUUAUUUAUAUAUUCACUGUAGCCAACAACAAAGUCCUUCACUCUGGAAUAAUCAUGUCGUUCCCGAAGCUUUGAUCCUCUUUUCUAACCUCUCAUCUUCUUAACAGGCACGUCAGGGUGCAUCAUACAGAUAAAGAUAAAGAUGAUCCGCAACUGAGAGAAGUACUUGCGCAAAGACCAGAGGGUCCUAGUAGAGGAAGACGGCGUAGAGGUGGUAGUCGAUAGGAGGUUUUAUAUUCAUGGUAAAACGCUAUCUAUAUAAGGGUCGGUCGGUCGGUCGGACAUUCUCUCACAACACGGCGACGGCAAUUGCAGUCAUAAGCGGGAGUGUAUUUUUCUUUGUUUCAUAUUUGAUUGGGAUGGCAAGGCAGGACAGGACCGGACAGGACAGGACAGGACAGGGACGGGACGGAAGGGGGGUUCUUUUCCAUGAUUUACGGGAGCCGGAAACCGAAAUUUUUCAACGACUUUUUAUGCAUGGAGUUUGGAGUUUCAGAGUUUCAGAGUUCAGAGUUCAGAGUUCAGAGUUCAGAGUUCCGGAGCAUUCUUGAUACCAGCCAGUAAAAAGGUUACUUAUUUACUUGUGUUACUUGUGAAGCCGAAUCACCAAUCAAUCCUUCAUGUUUCAUAGUAGGGUAGGGUAAGGGGUUGAG